AUGGAAGAGAAUAAAUUGAGCAUGAAGUCACCUGUGUGCGCGGGCUGUGACGGGCAGAUCUCAGAUCGGUUUUAUCUGCUCGCGGCGGACAGACAGUGGCACGAGCGCUGUCUGAAAUGCUGCGCGUGUCACGCUGACCUGGAGUCAGAGCUCACGUGCUUCUGUAAACACGGAGACAUUUACUGUAAAGAGGACUAUUACAGGUGUUUUUCUUUGCAAAGAUGUGCACGGUGCCACCUUGGGAUCUCAGCGGCAGAGAUAGUGAUGCGUGCCAGGGAUCUUGUGUACCACCUGAACUGUUUCUCCUGCGCCACUUGUGACAAAGUGCUGCUCACUGGAGAUCACUUCGGGAUGCAAGAUACCUCAGUGUACUGUCGGGUUCAUUUUGAGAUGAUGCUACAGGGGGAAUGUCACCCAGAUUUCUAUUAUUCAGACAUGUCUCCAACAGAGCCGAACUCAGAAACUUACACACACAUUAAAGGGACUCCUGUGCAAAGAGGACGGUCCCGAAAGAGGAAAAACUUAGAUGCAGCAGACCAUGUUGAUUAUAAUUCAGAUGUGAGCUAUACGGGUGUGGAUCUGUUGGAGAAAGUGAGACAGUUUAGUUGUCAGAAAUCCAAACGCAUGAGAACGUCUUUCAUGCAUCACCAACUGCACAGCAUGCAGGCCUUCUUCACCCACAACCACAAUCCAGAUGCCAAAGACCUCAAAGAGCUUGCGCAGAAAACCGGGCUCUCCAAACGUGUGCUCCAGGUUUGGUUCCAGAAUGCCCGUGCAAAGUUCAGGAGAAAUUGUCUGUAUCAGGAGAGCAUGGGAGCAGACAGUUAUUUGGAAUCUGACAAUUUCACCAUCACGUCACCGUCUGUGCCAUCACCCGAGCUUUCCCUCGCAUCCAUGAGCCCAUCCAGCCCCAACAGCAUCUCUCCAUCACAACAUGGACACACAAACCACAACACCAUGAGCCCAUCACAAUGCUCACUCCCCAGUUUCUUCUGA